UGGGAUGCACCAUGACGGCGCGGGGAACCAGUGCGGAAUGCCAGGCAAGGAACCAGCCCGCCUGAUGGCAGCGAGACUGACCAAAGACACGUCACCAUUCCACUGGUCAAGCUGUUCCCGGAAAUACGUCACAGACUUUCUGGACGAGGGCAAAGGUUGGUGUCUGGAGAACAUCCCCCUGAAGCGCAAAGGAUACCCUCGGGACCUCCCCGGGGACGCCUACGACAUCAAUGCUCAGUGUCGCUUGCAGUUUGGCCCAAAGUCUAGAGCUUGCAAGCUGAAGCACGCGUGCAAGGAGCUCUGGUGCAUGAACGAGGGAGACUCGUGUGUGACAAACAGCAUCCCGGCGGCCGAGGGUACCGAGUGCCACAUCUCCAGACAGAAGAAAGGGUGGUGUUUCCGUGGAGAGUGCCGUAACCCCAAGUACGAGCCAAAGACCGUGCACGGGAACUGGGGCCAGUGGCAAGGGUGGGGGGCCUGCUCCCGCACGUGUGAGGGUGGCGUCUCAGCCAGCGAGAGGGAGUGUGACAACCCGGAUUCGUGGGCUGUGACGGAUACCUUGGCUCCCGGGUGGAGGAGGACAACUGCCGGGUGUGUGCGGGAGACAACUCCACAUGCAAGACGAUCUCUGGUCUCUUUGACAAGCCUUUGCCAAAAGGAGCCCUGAAGGACGGCCAAAACAAAUACUUCAUCAACGGAGAGUGGACCAUCGACUGGCCUCGGAAGUUCCCCAUUGCCGGCACCGUCUUCCACUACAAGCUAACGGAGCACGAGCCGGAGUCCCUCCAGGCACUGGGGCCUACUUCUGAGGAUCUCGUUAUCAUGUGUGUCCCAUCCUGUGGUCCUGGUGAGAAAAGCCGGCGCGUGUUCUGUAUGUCCAGUGACGCGUCCACCUAUCUGGACGAGCGGCGUUGCCAGGCGGGAGACAAGCCAGCGACGCGCAUGGCCUGUAUCAACCGGAAGUGUCCACCACCGCAAUGGCGGAAAGGGGAGUGGUCAGACUGCUCUGUGUCGUGUGGCGAGGGAAUCCAGGAGCGUUCUGUCCAGUGCCAGUCGUUCAACAGCGAGCCCUGUGACCCGGCCCUCAAGCCCAAAGCUCAACAGAAGUGUCGGAGCUCGUGUGAGCGGAAUGUCAACUCUUCCUUCGCAAACUGCGAGGACAAGUUUCGAGUAGCUUACUGCCCCCUGGUGCUCAAAUUCGGCUACUGUGAGCGGACCUACUUCCAAACUAUGUGCUGCGAGACGUGCACAAGGGCUGGGGCUAUCCCCUUGCAGAGGAGAGGGUGAUCUGGCCCAGGGGAGACAAUCAGUCAAUUGAUAAAUGACACAAGUAUCUGUUGGUUGAACACAAGUGCUAUAUCUGUGAGAGUUAGGUGUUUGGUUGUAUAACUAAUUCAUAGGCAGGGAUUGGUAUUAUUGAAUGGGUUUUGUUUUUUUAUUUUUUUAUUUUUUUUAGUUUGACGUCUGGAAUUUCAGCUAAGUGGGGCUUUUACCGGAGAUCGUUUAAUAACUUCUCGAAGAGCAGGACGAAAGAAAGUGAUUUGAAAACUAACCCUGCACCAUUCUUAAAAGUAUCUUUUUCGCAUGACGUCACAGUGACCCAAAUGAGCCCCCGGGAUGUUAAGACCCAGGGGUAUACGUAGUAAUAGGUCCCCAAAGUCAGAGUGAUGAGCUGAAAUGUACUUUUUUUCCGAAAAUGCCGAACAAUGUGACCUACUUUAAAUCAAAAAUCAUGUUGCUGUUGUUUUUGUUUUGGGUUUUUUCUUCUCUAUUAUUCUUUUGUUCGUUUCUUAUGAGGACCCAACUUAGGGUCUGUUUGGGGGUUUUUUCUUUCUUUCUUUUGGCUGGUGUUUACGGUGCUCGCAAUUGCAUAAGGUCAUAUGAGCGCGCGGGACACAUUAAACUUUUUCAGUUGCCAGGAAGUUUUGGAUUUUCCCGGGUAGCGGCCGAAGCCUAUUGUUGUCGAUUUUAGACCACCAAGGGAUCUUUAACGUGCGCAAAUUGC